ACGAAUUAGCCUAAGUUAUUAAAGAUGGCGGCGGAGCGGAGUCGCUCCCCGAUGGACUCGCCGGUCCCGGCCUCUAUGUUCGCCCCCGAACCCAGCUCUCCGGGGGCGGCCAAGGCUGCGGCGGCUGCCGCCCGGCUCCACAGCGGCUUCGACUCGGACUGCAGCGAGGACGGUGAAGCGCUCAACGGCGAGCCGGAGCUGGACCUCACCAGCAAGCUGGUUCUAGUGAGCCCUACAUCAGAGCAGUAUGACAGCCUACUUCGGCAAAUGUGGGAGAGGAUGGACGAGGGAUGCGGAGAGACCAUAUAUGUCAUUGGGCAGGGAUCAGAUGGGACCGAGUACGGGCUGAGUGAAGCUGACAUGGAGGCCUCCUACGCCACAGUGAAGAGCAUGGCAGAACAGAUAGAGGCUGAUGUCAUCCUCCUGCGGGAACGUCAAGAAGCUGGGGGCCGUGUGCGCGAUUACCUAGUCCGGAAAAGAGUAGGAGACAAUGACUUCCUGGAAGUCAGGGUAGCAGUAGUGGGCAACGUGGAUGCUGGCAAAAGUACGCUUCUUGGGGUCCUGACCCAUGGAGAGCUGGACAAUGGCCGAGGCUUUGCCCGCCAGAAACUCUUCCGCCACAAACACGAGAUUGAAUCUGGUCGCACCAGCAGUGUGGGCAAUGACAUUCUGGGCUUUGACAGUGAAGGCAAUGUAGUGAACAAGCCAGACAGCCAUGGUGGCAGCCUGGAGUGGACAAAGAUCUGUGAGAAAUCCACUAAGGUGAUUACCUUCAUCGACUUGGCUGGCCAUGAGAAGUACCUGAAGACCACUGUGUUUGGCAUGACGGGCCAUUUACCUGACUUCUGCAUGCUCAUGGUGGGCAGCAAUGCUGGCAUUGUGGGGAUGACCAAGGAGCACCUGGGCUUGGCAUUGGCACUCAACGUGCCUGUCUUUGUGGUGGUCACCAAGAUUGACAUGUGUCCUGCCAACAUCCUGCAAGAAACUCUGAAGCUGUUACAGCGCCUGUUGAAGUCACCAGGCUGCCGGAAGAUCCCUGUGUUGGUGCAGAGCAAGGAUGAUGUAAUUGUAACGGCCUCCAACUUCAGCUCUGAGAGGAUGUGCCCAAUAUUCCAGAUCUCCAACGUUACAGGCGAAAACCUAGAUCUGCUGAAGAUGUUCCUCAACCUCCUGUCACCUCGCACCAGUUACCGGGAGGAAGAACCUGCUGAAUUUCAGAUUGAUGACACCUACUCUGUCCCGGGUGUAGGAACAGUGGUGUCGGGGACAACACUGAGGGGCCUAAUCAAGCUGAAUGACACACUGCUGCUGGGCCCAGAUCCCCUGGGUAACUUCCUGUCCAUUGCUGUCAAAUCGAUCCAUCGCAAGCGCAUGCCUGUCAAGGAGGUUCGAGGGGGCCAGACGGCCUCUUUCGCACUGAAGAAGAUCAAGCGCUCAUCCAUCCGGAAGGGCAUGGUGAUGGUUUCUCCACGCUUGAAUCCCCAAGCAUCCUGGGAGUUUGAGGCCGAGAUCCUCGUCCUCCAUCACCCCACCACAAUUAGCCCACGUUACCAGGCCAUGGUGCACUGUGGGAGCAUCAGGCAGACGGCCACCAUUCUCAGCAUGGACAAGGACUGUCUGCGCACCGGGGACAAGGCCACAGUGCACUUCCGCUUCAUCAAGACCCCCGAGUACCUGCACAUAGACCAGCGGCUGGUGUUCCGGGAAGGCCGCACCAAGGCUGUGGGCACCAUCACCAAGCUUCUCCAGACCACCAACAACUCCCCAAUGAACUCCAAGCCCCAGCAAAUUAAAAUGCAGUCGACGAAAAAGGGUCCCUUGAGCAAACGAGAAGAGGGGGGCCCCUCUGGAGGGCCAGCAGUAGGGGCACCCCCACCUGGAGAUGAAGCUUGCUCUCUAGGGGCUGCACAGCCAGCUGCAUCCAGCAGUCUUCAGUCACAGCCCAAGCCUGGCAGCGGGGGCCGGCGACGGGGGGGCCAGCGUCACAAGGUGAAGUCCCAGGGGGCCUGCAUGACUCCUGCCAGUGGCUGCUGAAUGUCCCCAGCCCCCCUCCACCACCCAAGGGAUCCUCGUGCUCUGGCCACCGCUCCACCAGAUGGGCCAGAGCCACUCUGACCGCCUCUCGCUCUCCCCCAGGCCGCAGCUGGACCCUCGUCAUUCCCCCCACCCCCGUUUUCCAGGGGGGCUGUAAUUUAUAAGCUGAGGAAGGUGGUCAGACUUGCAGAGGACUGACCAUCUCCCACCCUGUUCCCCGCCUUCUUCCUCACACAUUUUUUGUACAUCGGGGCCCUUAGUUUUUAUUCUUUUUAUUAUAUAUCUGUCUCUCUCUCUCUCUCUCUCUAGUGUGCGUGUGGUUGUGUGUGUGGGAGUGUGUGAGGUGCAGAAGUGCGGCCGUUCAGGGCCCCGGCAGUCUUCUUCACCUCCUCCGUGGCUGGCCACCAGCCUCCAUGAGCUAGCUGGCUACCUGUCCGUCCGUCUGUCCGUUUCUCUCUGUGAGAACCUUUCAGGGCUGUUGGGAGCUGAAGAGCACCCUCCUUCCCUGUGCUCACUCUCCUCUGCGCCUGGAGCCCCACCUUGGAGCCGGCCUCGGGGCUUCCAGGUGACAUGUCUGCUGCUGCCAGAGCAGGGAGCCCUCCCUCUGAGACUUGGGGAUUUUAGCAGAGUGGAGAGUGGUGGUUCCUCUUUUCUCUUUCUCUCUCUUGUUCCCCUUAAACCCCAAAAGAGAUAAUGCCGAAAGCUCUUAAGUUGUAACCUGUAGAUGUGUGGAGGGUGUCAGUGAUUGGAUUGAAGGACCCUCCUUGCCCCUAACUCUGACUGUUGCCACUGACCCAAAGACAGCUGGUGGCUUUUCUUUCCCCUCGGAGACAAUCCUUUGUUUGCCUGGCUGGCUGGGGCUACUCUUGCUCUGCUGAUUCUGCUGAGCUGCCUCGCCCCAGGGCAGCCUCCUGCUUGAACUUCAACUCUGAUUCUUGUUGGGCCUCGGGGCACUGAUGACCAGGACUGGGGUCUGUCUGCUCAGGGCUGUGCUCACUAGCACCUCCUUUUGGUAGAGGUGCCAGCUGUUCCUCUGAGCCAGGUGGGGACUGGAGCCCCUCCUUCCCCACAUCACCCCAGCAUGGCUGCUACAGGAGUAAACAGUGAAUGGCCUGAGCCCCAGAUUCGGAAGCCUCAAUUGAGGGAGGACAGGUAGGAGGUGGUUAAAAAAGACUUCCAGACUGUAAGCCCUCUGGAAGAAUCAUUGCCUGGGGUGGGGGUAGUGUUGCCCAGGCCAGAGAUGGCAACAUGGGCCCCAAACCAGUCUGGUCUGCACUGUAGAUUGACGCCCUCACUUUAGAGUGGGCUGACGGGCAGAGAUGUGUUCUUUCUCUAGCCUCGGCAGACACCCAAAUGGCUGGGUCCUUCCUCAGCCUCACCUCCCUUCCGUCCCCAACCCUUCACCAUUCUUCCUGCUUCUGGACUGCUGGUCCCCUCUCCUCCCCUCCUAACUAUUUCUAGUUACCAGUGACCUGUGGCCAUGGACCCACCAGACCAGCACACAAAAUAAAAGUUUGUUCCAAGUUGACGGUGUCGUGUUCCCUGCCCAGCCCCUCCAGGUGGAGGUGCUGCCCUGGGGAACUCUUGCUCUGCCUGCCCUAGAGCCUCCAGCUGUGGGCUGGGCCGGGAGGAGCCAGCUUCUCCUGUCAGGCAGGCAUGGCUUCAAAACCCAGGCUCCUCUGCCAGCUGUAACACAGGACAAGGUGCCAACAUCUGAACCUCAGUUUCCUCAUCCACAGCAAGAGGUAGAUGCCUACAUCAGGUUGUUGUGAGGAUCCACUGCGAAAAUGUAUGUGAGGCCCUGAUGUGUCCGGCACAUGGGAGGUACCUGGUGAAUGGUCACCACACUGCUUAUCAUCAUUGACACCAGCUCCCAACUCCAUAGCAGAGGCUGCAACUCGGGGGACAGGCUCAAAAGGAGAAAUGUGGCACUGACACGUCUCUGCUGUGUAGCUGGGCUGUGCCAGGCAUUUCCUUCACUUCAUGUUUUUUGAUGCUCACAGCUACCAUCUGUGUGGCAGUUGGCGGUAGUUACGUUUUUCUAGUUAAGGAAACUGAAGCUCAGAGGAGCAGCGGAGUGCCCCCAGCCUCUAGCCAUUCCCAGUCAUCCUCUCCAGCGUGUCCUCUGGCUCUUCCUGGUUCCUUUGUCUACUGGUUCUUUCCCUCUUGCUUUUUGACUCUGGUUCUGCUUACAGGGCUGCUGCCCACCGGUGCCUUCAUAGCAGGAGUUCCAGCGUUGAAUAACACCCCUGCUCUCUGUCCCUGUGGUGGGUGCUGUGGAAUUUGUGUUUCCACAGGAUUUGGCCUUGCGGGACCUUGGACCAGGCAGAACUGCAUUUUGCCCCUGUGAGCAUAACCACUUUCUUUACAUUUGGAACCUGUGGCCUACACCCUGGCCCCUCCCUUCAGACACUCAGGAGGUCAGUCUGGAUCUCUGUGGUCACCAGGCCCACACCUGCUAGCCAGGGGGCUGACUAUGGCAUAUUAUUGUCAUUAGCAGGGACUGCAAAGGUCUCAUGUGGGUCUCAGCCCUACGAACUAUCUAUUUGGAAUGAAACACCAGCCCUUUUAUAGUUGACAAAUAAAAUUGUUAAUCCAAUCAUCUCAGAUGGCAAAUCCUGACCCUUCUGUAAUGCAGCUAGCAUCUGUGGCAUCAUUUAUUCAUCCAGGCCCACUGUUCUUGCUUAUUGGCCUCCCCAGCAUGGAAUAAGGUAACAGGAAUGGGCUGUGGUGCAGCGGGAAGCACAGGUUUGGUUGGGGUUACGUGGGAUGGACCAGAGAAAGGAUGGUGUGAGGAUUGUGCCAUGAGGGGCCCAGAAGAUUUGAGCUUGUGCACACGGGCUCCAGAGGGCAUGGGCAGAGACCCUGAGCCCUGAUGGUAUGUGGCAAGUUCCAGGGACUCUUUUACUGGUGCUGUUCACAGGUGCCUCCUUUGUUGAAAAAUGGUGCUAAAAUGCACUGCAGGCGUUGAGUGUGAACUAGGAGGAGGUGAAGCGAGCAGCAGUUGCUUGUGGGGUGAGCCCUAGGAUUAGCUCUUUCCCGGUGCAGAAAGCUGAGGGCUUAAGUUACUGGAUUUGUUACUCCACCCAGCACCCUCUCCUGUGGCAGACUAUCCCCUAAUUCCUCCCUACUGACCUGUUCCUGCCUUUAUUUUCUCAGCUGUAUGGGGCCCAGCCCUGGGCCAGGUGCCAUGGUCAGGAGAGGCGCAUUUCAGAGUCCAGUUGGGGAACCACCCCAAGCCCUUCGAGCUGCUCUUUGGAGGCACUGAAUCUGGGAAGAUAUUUGCAGGGAAGGGCCAGGACCUGUUCCCCUAAACUGGCAGGUUCUAGCUCUUCAUCCCAUCCCAACAAAGGUAAAAGGGACAAGUAAGUGUAAUUCCCACAGAGGGGGUUUGCUGCACUGAUGGUGGACAAGCUUAGUGGUGAAGUGGUAACUUUUUCUACCUUCUGCUCAAAUGGCACUGAGAGGCCCAGGAAGAGCCUUCUGCUUCAUAAUGGGACAUCAGUGAUGGCUAAUAAAGCCACCUCACUUCUUUCUCUUGUCAACCCUUGAGCCCAGAGUCACGGGAAUAGGGCCUGCCUCAGAUCCCAUCUCAGCUGGGUUUUAGCUGAGAGGCUUUGCUCUCUAAAGUUUAGGAAUAAGUCUUUGGGGCAUUGUUCUGGCUAAGAAUUUAUUCUCUUUUCCCCAAGAACAGAGUCCCUGUACAACGGCCAGAUAAAACCACACACUCCGUUAAUCCUGGGCAUAAUUUAUUUUUUGCAUAGGCAUAAAUUAGAAUCUGGAGAUUUAAAAAAUUAACCAACAGUGCAGCAUUUGUGACAGGAGAGCGCAAAACCUGGUUGUCUGGGGGCAGAGGCCAGUGCUGGAGGACCACAGGGUGGCUGGGGAGCCUUGCCUUCAUUCCAGCUCCAUCCUCCAGGAAGCCAUUCAGGGCACCCACCUGCACAGCAGCCUUUCCUGCCCCCUCCCCACAGGCCAGAAUGACCCAGAGUUGGAACCAGUGUCCCAAGCCCCUCUUGGCAGCCAGGUUACAAGGAACUGAAAUCACCCACUGCCCCACAGAACGGGGCUAGGAAUCAAGCCCUUAGCUUUUCAGUUAAAAAAACAGACCUUGAAAAAUAUAUACAUAAUACAUCAGGGACUGCUGGGUCCAAAAGCCCACGUCAGCCCCCACCUUCUUCACCCAGCCCCCCACCCCUGACUGCCUACCCCCCAUAGAAAAUGAGUCUGAAAGGAAACAGAAUUGAGCAAGAGCUGAGAAAGCCCCAACAGGGUGGCUGAGGGUUAGGGGCCUCUUACAUCAGGGGCCUGAUGAGGGUUAGGGUAGAGCCAACAAUGCAGAGUCCAGGGAGUCUCCUGCUCCCUACACUUUUAGCUGACCCCAGAUGGCCAUGGCCUCAAAGAAUGAGGGCUCCCCGCACCCUGGGGGACUGUGGCAAGCUUGCUCUGGGACACUGGCAGGCCCUAGCAGAAAUGGGGAGCAGAGUGCCCCAGUCCUAGCAUCAGAGAGAAAGCAAGUACUGUCCCAGCAGAAGGGAAUCCUAUAGGGCUGGCUCCAGCCUCAGCCACACAGGCAGCAGCCCUCAGAAGCUCACAGGAGCCAGACCUUCUAGGGUACAAGAAGCCCCAUGGCUCACCUUGACCCAGGACAAAUACAGUGUAUAGAAGCCCUUCAGGAAACCCAUGGACCAAGCUCCCCUAGGUUGCUGGCACUAGCUUUUUGGGGGAGCCCAGCUGCCCUCUCCCAGGAGCUUCCUGCCAGGGUACCAGUCCCAACCUGCACCCUGAGCACCCUCCUCCCAGAGGGUCUCACUUCCCUGCCUAGGGAGGGGGCGCAGCUCAGCUGCCCCAGGCCACAGCCUGGUACCGACGGCUUUGGCACCUGCUUCAUUUACAACAGCAGCUCUCUGGAUGCUGACCCUCCCCUCGGGCAAGGGGCAAGCAGGUCUCACCCAUCUCUGCUGGAACACGUGCACUCAUUGUCUCUCCCUGCCUCCAUUCCCCGUGACUUGCUACAUAUAUACACCCUCCCAGGAGUAGUGGCCGGUGCCUGGCACGCAGAGAGCAAAGAACGAAGAGAGACACCGGAGCCUGCUGUCCCCACUGAGCUGCCCGCCAGUCAAGAAAAGCCUGCGUGUUCUUUCUCAUCUCCGCUGGGCCAAGGGCUCUUCUUUCUUGCUCCUGGAAGUCAGUGUGCUUCAAGCGUGUGGGGGAAGUGGCAGGGGUGCUGCUCACCUACCCCCAGAGAAGGGGGCACGUGCUGAGAGGCGCUGGCCUCCCAGCUGGCCGGCAGCUCAGAGAAGGCUUAGUGGGCGGGUUCCCCGUGCACCCUGAAGCGGUAGAUGCAGGUGUACUCGGGGUGGCCCCAGUUAGUCAGGAUCCGCAGCUCCACCACCUGGUACGUGGCCAUUUGAGGGUCCUG